AUGAACAACGAUCAGUUCUGAUCUCUGCACAUCGACGUGAAUCGGUGAUUAGUCUUCUCUUGUGAUUAUCUGAGGAAGGAAACCAGACAGAGAAAAAGUAACAAGGAUGUUCUCCAAUCAACUCUUAUUUUUAAUGACUGUCAUUGGUAUAGCAGCUGCUGAAGUUCCUUCGUACAUCCAUGUAUGUGGGAGAAAAGAUCCAAAAUUGGACGAGUGUGUGAUCAACAGUGUGAAGUCAUUACGCGAUAAACUUCGUGAUGGAAUUCCGGAACUGGAUAUUCCUCCUGUGGAACCAUUGAAAAUGAGUAAAGUGGAACUGAUUGACACGCCGAGUUUCAAGGCAACUGUAACAGACCUCAUACUCCGUGGUCUUUUGACUUACCAUGUUAAUUUAUUGCACGUGGAUCUAAAGAAACAACAGAUAGACAUCGAUGUUUAUUUCGAAGAAAAUAAGCUGGAUGCACAUUUCAACAUCACUGCUCAACUUUUGGUACCUAUUGUUGGAAAUGGGCCGAUGUCCCUGGUAGCAAAGGACGUGGGUGCUAAAGCGAAUCUCAACUACAAGCUCGUUGACCAUGCAGGCAAAAAGUAUGUCUUUUUCCCAUCGAUGACCACUAAUCUAGACGUAAAGAAUUAUGAUGUGAAAUUCGAAGCAGAGAAUUUUGAUAAAUCUAUGCACGAUGCCAUCAGCCAGGCUCUGGGUAACAGUCGUCAAGAAAUAUUAGAUGCUGUCAAACCUAAUCUGGAGAAAAUCAUUUCAGAGACAGUUUUAAGUAUGGCUAAUAAAAUCGGCAAGCAUUUCACCUACGAUGAAUUGCUUCCGGAUCGAGAAUAAAAUUGUUAUGGUAAAAAGAACGUGUUAAAAAAUUCAGAAAAUAAUUGGUCUUUUAAUUAAAAGUUUGAGAUUUAAUGAUGUUAUAAUUGUACUCUUUGCUGUUAAGUUAUGUAUGUUUAGAGAAUGUUUUUAUUGUUUGUUUAUACUGUAUCGUUGUUUCUAUUUUAUGAAAUAAAAAUACUACGGAAUUUAGAUCA